AUGGCUAAAUCUAAGAACCAUACCGCUCAUAACCAAACCAAAAAGGCUCAUAGAAAUGGUAUCAAGAAGCCUAAGACUUACAAGUAUCCAUCCUUGAAAGGUGUUGAUCCAAAAUUCAGAAGAAACCACAAACAUGCUUUACAUGGUACUGCUAAAGCUUUAGCUGCUAAGCGCGCUGGUAAGAAAUAA